AGUUUUGAACUAGAUGAUAUGGGUUGUCAUUGCCUCUGCUGAUACCAAUAUAAUGUGGAUUUUGUUCUAAACUUGGGUGUAGGGGAGACUGUAGUAAUAACCCUUUUCUCGAAGCGCCAGUCUUGCAGUGGCAGCCGAGAUGGACAAGAUGACGGCACCACGCGGCGCGUUCCUGGACGUGGAGCCGAGCCUGCUGACGGAGCGUCUGUCGGUGAUGGGCGCGCCGGCCGAGGAGCCGCUGGACGCGCUGACCAUGCCGGCCGAGGCGGCGACCAGCCAGCGGCGAGCCGGCGCGCUCGAGAUCCGGCCGCAGCCGGCCGUCUGCUGCAAGACGCGUGAUAGCCACGGUGGCAAGGUGUUCGUCAACGUCUGCACCAGCACUGACAUCCCGCCGCCCAAGGAGCUGGACGAGCAUGAGCUGCGCCAGCUGCUGAUGGACGAGGAGCGCGCCGCGGAGUUCCGCGUGCCCAUGAGCCUAGGCGAGGCACAUAAGGAGCUGGACAAGGCUGGCGGGCCGUGCGUGGCUUACGACGUGGUGAUCCAUCCUCGCUUUCACGCGCAGGUGGAGGCCAUGAUGAUCGAGGCCAUCGAGGGUAAGUUCGGCGUCGAGCUGGACAAGAACCAGUGGACCACGAUGCGCAACAAGCUGUACCUGGGCAAGAUGCCGCGUCACUGGGUGCGGCGCGUGCUGUUCGAGCUGCCGGCGGCGGUGAUGGCGCCGGCGCAGCUCAGUCUGGAGGUGGGAGAAGACCGGCUGGUGCUAGCGGCCGAUUCCGCCUGCCUUCUGGCCGACGUGUUCCUGCCGGGCCCGCUGGAGCCGGAGAGCGUGGCGCUGUGGCAGACGGCGCCAGGCUGA